GCAGCAGCUGGGUACAUACAAUCUGUAUGAGUGACGGUAAGGGAUUGUUCAUUCUGGAUACAGUUUAGCCUUUUGCCAAGAUUCUACGACGCCUCGCGGGCACCGACCUGGCCCCCAACCAAAUCUUUUCCUCGCGCUUCUCCUCAACCGUCACCCACCACGAUUCGAGCCAAGAUGGACGCACCACAGGAGAACGCCAUGGCAAAUAUUGAGCGCCGCCGGAUGCAGCUUGAAGAAAAUGUCUCCAAGCUCCGCAACGCUCUGAAGCAUUGGCGGACGUGGGAGUUUGAAUAUGAAAUGCUGAAAGAAGAGAUUCAAGCCGCUGAUAACCCCUCUCCUGACAAGAUGGUCGAGAUUGGCCGCAGUUUGAGCGCCAGCCUUCUUGACGAGAAGGAGAUCCUGCAGCUCGUUGGGAAAGACCAGACGAAACGCACUGCUAACCAAGUCAUUGACAUGAUGUCAAGGCGAGUUGACUAUGUCCAGCAGAACAUAACCACGGUCGCGAAGCAACUCGAUGCAGCGGAGAAACGGCUUGCCGGCACGUCGGUACUACUAGAGCCCGAUCUGGAGAACGAAGAAGGCUUACCGUUAAUGGACAUUCAGGAAGAGCUUGACGAAGAGGGAAACGUUAUAUCGAGCUCGGUAUUACAGCCAGGAAAAUCCGCUCCUGAAAUCGUGGACGCGUUGCGAAAGGCUGGUAUACAGAAGCUUGGAAAACAGGGUGCCGCCGAAUCCGAAGAGAAGAAGGACCCUCCCUCAUCGAACCAGAAAGACAAUGUGUUGACGAAGGAGGAAGACACAAAGCAUCUCCAAACAUCAGACAAUGCUCCAAUAAAGUCCGAAUCCACCGCUGGGCAGCCUGCACCUGCCAAAAAGUCCGUGUCCUUCUCUGAAGAUACGAAGCCCGAAGCAGUACCGGAAGGGCAAUCAGCUCUCGAAAGGACUGGCUAUAACGAUGAGUUGGCGGAUUACAAUUUCACGAAAGGCACAAGAGUCAUCGAGGUCGACGAAGAUGACAAUGAAAUAGCAUCUUAUCCCAUCAUCCCACAGGGCGAGAGUCCAGAAGAUGCGGAGUUGCGGAGACAAAUGCUCCAGUACGGGCUUUCAGAAGUCGGGCGAGUAGUGGCCGAGAUUGACCUUGACGGCCCCGAUGAAGGUUACUCUGACGAGAUGGAAGAUUAUGACUCUGACGAAGACGAGAGUGAGCUGGAAGAUGAAUAUGGGCGAAGCCUAAAACGAGAGAUUACGGACGAAUACCGGGCUAAAAUGCUCGAACUCGAAAGGAAGCUCAAUGCCCGGAUGUUGGAAAAUGUUGGACCUCGCCCAGACACUCAUCCUUUGGCAGAGUUCUCCGAUGAUGUUCGCACUGUGAAGAUAAGGAAUGACGCAGAGUUUGACGAGUCUAUGUCGAAGGAGAAUACUUCAGAGGCUGCCUCUCAGAAGAAAGGAGUUCGGUUCGCUGAUCACGUGGAUAUUGCGCCUGUGUCUCCACCAGGCAAGGAUCAGAUCGACAAUCCCGAACCAGGUCGGCCGGCAGCCCCUACAAUUUCCGAUACUAUUGUGGAGAGGACUGGCCCAGCAGCGGAGCAGCCAAGUGCUGGGUCACCCAAACCAGCAAAGGUAUCCCGGUUCAGGAGCGCGCGUGCAGCAACCACCCAGUCUAGCAUGAAGAUGCUGCCCACUCCAUCAGUACCGGAGCCGUUACCUGUCCCUCAGGGUCCAAAAGGGCAAACACUUGCCAGUACCAUCGUAGAGCAUGAUCAUCAAGCCUCCGAACCCCAUGUUCCGGAUGAGUUCGACCCUGUCGUAGUGAACCGUGAGAUACAAAUACAGUACCACAAGAUGCGGAACAGGAUGAUCCAACAACAAGGCGGUUUCAAGCCUACACAGGAGGAGGAGGACUAUCCCCUUAUCGAAGAGCAGGACGGGAAAACGAAGAAGGUGAGCCGGUUCAGAGCGGCGCGGCUCAAAGCGGACGGUUUGUAAAAUAUAUGAUGCUGGUCUCCUUUGAAUCUCUUGUUCUACUUCUUCAGUUGUCUCAGUUUUCACCGUCAUCUACUUAUCGGUGCAGCGACGUGUAGUGGUCAUUCAUCGGAACAUCUUAUGCCCGUGGGAGAUACUUAACCAUGU